AUGGCGGGUUUUGUAAGAACCAGAACGAAGAGAGUCACUUACCCUCUCGACGACAAGGUCAGGGCACGCCUCGUCGGCGGCUACAGCUCCGACCUCAGCAUCUAUGACGUCAGCAGCGGAAGCGAGCAUUCCGGCGACGGCGACUCGCCCUGCCUCUCCGAGCUCGUCCACGAUUUCCUCCAGGACGACUCGUCCGAGACUUGGUUACCGGACAACGAGACUGACUCGGACCGAGUCGACUCGGUCUCCGACGCGAAAGCGAUGGACUCUAUUCUCAGAUCCGCGGCUGUUAGCGGAAAUGAGGACUCGUUUGCGAAGCUGCUCCGCUCUCACGUUUCCGAGGCGGUGGAGGCGUUCUCGUGUCUGAGAUCCGGCGACAAGUCAGCUCUGCGACGGAGCGUGAUGUCGUUUUUGAGAGCCCGGGGGCACAAUGCGGCGAUCUGCAAGACCAAUUGGAGCUCUUCCGGCAACAUCACGGCCGGGAGCUACGAGUUCAUCGACGUGGUUUGCGCCCAGUCGAGCUCCUCCAUGUGGCAAAGCCGUUACUUCGUGGACCUCGACUUCGCCGCCCAGCUCGAAAUCGCUAGGCCGACGAGCCAGUACUCGCGGCUGUUGCAGUUGCUGCCGAAAGACUUCAUCGGCAGCUCGGAGGACCUGAAGCGAAUCGUCCGAGUCAUGAGCGACGCCGUCAAGAGGUCGCUGAGAAGCAGAGAGCUCUCGGUGCCUCCGUGGAGGAAAAACCGUUACAUGCAGAACAAGUGGUUCGGUCCGUACAAACGGACAGUUAAUCCGUUGACGGAGAAAUCGUUUUCAAUAUCCUCCACCGUUUUCGCUCCGGUCUCCGGUGCAAAAUGCCGUUGGGUUGGGUUCGACGACGCCGUUUCCGACUCCAGCGUCAACGGCCGUCUCUACGUCCGUACGUAG